CAUCGCCCGUUCUUCAUGGAAGGAGCUUCUCAGGCGGCUGCUCGGACCUAGCGGAGGGUCCGGCUGACGGGAGUCGCGCUCGCCUGCCCCGGAGCUCGCUGCGCCGGCCGAAGCGUCCCCUCCACGGGCCCCGAAGUCUUGAGGCGGCGGUUGCACCUGAAAAAAAUAUGAACAGUGACCCUUACCCCUGAAUUUUGGCUUCUUUUCCACUUUGUCUUAUCUGAAAUGGAGUACAUGGCUGAUCUGUUGAAUCCUGAGUGACAGGAUCUUGUCAUCAAAGAUGGAGAAAAAACGGAGAAAGAAAUUAGCCUGACUGCUGGGCUUCAUCAGGAAAGACUAUGCAGGCAAGACUUUUGCUUGGUUUGGACAAAACAUUAAGACUGUCAACUUAAAGAGCACUUAGAAGAGUGGCUUUCCCCUGAAAUCAAGAGACUGAGGGAGAGAAAGAGAAAGAACUGAUUCAUGGAGAAGCACCGUGUGAAUUGACUCCAUGGAAAUCUGGGAAUGAAACCAUAUUCUUUCCUGACCAUGAGGCUUGCAAACACCUGGGUGUUUCUAACCGCAAUCUUACUCUGUGGCAAACAGCACCUGGGCACUAGGCUGGGGAAUUCAUCUCAGGAAAGUCAUUUAUGUCCUGAAUGCUCUCAUCUGACACUGAAAGUGGAAUUCUCUUCAACUGUCGUAGAACACGAAUAUAUUGUGGCUUUCAAUGGCUACUUUUCAGCCCAAGCGAGAAGCAAAUUUAUUUCAAGAGCACUGAAGAGCAGCGACAUAGAGAAUUGGAGGAUUGUACCCCGCAACAACCCAGCUAGCGAUUAUCCCAGUGACUUUGAAGUGAUCCAGAUCGAUGAGAAUCAGAAAGUUGGAGUGCAGACGCUAGAAGACCAUCCCAAUAUCAAACGAGUUACCCCACAAAGAAAAGUAUUUCGCUCGCUAAAGUACUCUGAAACAGAUUCAGCCUUUCCCUGUAAUGAGACCAGAUGGACGCAGAAGUGGCAAUCGUCCCGCCCGCUCAGAAGGGCCAGUUUGUCUCUGGGUUCUGGAUUUUGGCACGCGACCGGCAGGCACUCCAGCAGGCGUUUGCUAAGAGCAAUACCUCGGCAGGUUGCGCAGACCCUUCAGGCUGAUGUGCUCUGGCAAAUGGGUUUUUCGGGAGCUGGUGUAAGAGUGGCUGUCUUUGAUACCGGACUCAGUGAGAAACAUCCACACUUCAAAAAUGUAAAAGAGAGGACAAACUGGACCAAUGAGAGAACUUUGGAUGAUGGUAAAAAAAAAAAAAACUUUUAUCAGUUGAAUUUUCCAUUGUGGGCUGCAGCGGUAACUUUGUGAGGCAGGAAGUCUGGAUCUGUUUCUUUAGGAUGCGAGGGCCAUCUGGCUGCAACAUCUGUCACCCCAAGUCUGAUCGCUGGGGUUGAU